AUGAGGAGGGGGACCCCGGAAUUGGGGGGAGGCUUAGGGGGACCCCAGGAUGAGGAGAGGGACCCCGGAAUUGGGGGGGAGUCACAGGGGGACCCCAGAAUCCAGAGGGCGCGAGGGGGGGGACGACAGCGGCCGCCAGAGAGACCCCUUGAUGGUCACCGUCAGCGUCACCCGCCCCGGUCGGGGUCAGGAGCGCUGUCGGGGUUCCCUCAUCUCCCCCUAUUUCGUGCUGACGGCGGCGCAUUGCUUCGAGGGGGGGGGGACAGCGCGGCGUGGGUCGGCGUCGAGAUCGACCGUGGGACGCGCUGGGAGGUGUCGGGGGUUUUCCAGCACCCCCAGUUCGAUCUCGGGGGGCGGCGGCACAGGGGGGUCCCCGAGUUCUACGACUACGACGUCGCCCUCGUCCAACUCAGCAAAGCGGUGACUCCGCAGCUCGACCGAAGGCCGCUCUGUCUGCCGUGCACUGAGGGGGCGUCGCGGGCGCUGCGAUUGCCGCCGGCGCAGAGCACCUGCGAGGAGCACCGGCGGCUCCUUCUCCCCCCUCGCGCUCUCGAGGCCUUUUUCGUCUCAGUGUCCCCUGAGGGGCAGCGGCGGCAGCAAAUCCACCUCCAGCUCGGGGCGCAGCGCUCUCCGUGCGAGGCCGACGCUCUCCGCGCUCCCCCUUACGCCAACGCUUCGGCUUUGGACGACGUCGUCACCGCGCGGUUCCUCUGCUCCGGAGGCGCCGAUCCCCACCCCGACCCCAACGCCUGCCGCGGUGAUUCCGGAGGCCCCGUCAUCGUCACCAGGGGGAGGCGCUACUUCCAGGUGGGGGUGAUCAGUUGGGGGGUGAUGGACGCCUGCGGGCAGCGCCGCGCCCCCCCCCACGCCCGCGACUUCCACGUCAACGUCUUCGAGGUCGUCCCAUGGCUGCGGGAGCGGCUGCGCCACGAGGACAUCGGCUUCCUGCCGUGACACGCCAGCGACACGCCAACGACACGCUAACGACACGCUAACGACACGCUAACGACACGCUAACGACACGCUAACACGCCAAGGACACGCUAAUGACACACGAGAGCCACGGGGGGGGCGGUUUGGGAGGCAAUGGGGGGUGAAAGGACCCACGGAUGCGUCACGGGACGCAGUGAAGCGCAUGGCGGGACACGUGUGAACAUGCUAAGAGACACGGAACGACACGCAAAUGACAUGAGUGGAGUCUGUGGGGUGUGGGGGGUGAGGGGAUACGUGGGGACGCGCUGAGGGACACGGAGUGACGCGAACACGGAGGGAUGGGGUGAGGGGAUGCGUGAAAAUGGGUCAUGGGACGCGUGAGGACACGCUAAGGGACACGGAGAGAACACGGGGAGGGAUGUGGGGUGAGAGGACACGUGGGGACACGUGGGGACACAUGAAGAUGCAUGGUGGGACAUGUGAGGAUGUCACGAGACACGUGAGAACGCGCUAAGGACAUGGAAUCCACACAGAAGGUGGAUGUGGGGGAUGAGACGUGUGUCAUGGGACACGUGAGGACGCGUGAAGAGACACGGAAUGACACGGAGAGGACCCGUGUGGGGCUGCGGGCGGUGGGGGGACGCGCGUGGCUGUCACCGGACACGCCAAGCACAUGCCAAGCACAUGGAAGGGAGGGCGCGUGUUGGGGGUGUGGGGACACACGUGGGGACACACAGGACAUGCCAAGAACACGUAAUGACACGGGGAGCACGAGGGAGGGGCCACGGCGCGGGGGGAGCGCCACAGACGCGCGAUAACGCGAUAA